UGAAGCCUCUGCGGCCUUUUCCUUUCCCUUUGAAUAUCGGGACCGACAUUUGCCAAAUCUCCCGUAUUUACCAUAUACUGUCAGGCCCGCGGGCUCUACGCUUUGUAAACAGAGUUUUAGCCCCUGAAGAGCUGGUGAAGAAAGAUGCACGAUUAAAUGUACUUUACCAGGCGGCAGCGCGUAAGGCUCCAUCACGACGUGCCACAAGCGAAGCCAGCAAAAGCCUUCAGCCACAUGAAUACAUUACAUCAAAGGAUCCUGAACUGUGGAAAUGUGCUGCUUUCAUAGCAGGAAGGUGCGGGGUUCUCAGGUCUAUCAUCGGCAACCACUGACUUGAAUGGUGUUUAGAUUCGCUGUAAAGGAGGCUACCAUUAAAGCACACCCACACCGUCAUUUGACGUUUCACGAUAUCAUGGUUGAGCGACGGCUUGUGAAGGGCGAGGUAUUGGGCAGUGGCCCGCCAAUUGCGCGUAUACGGGGCGGCGAAGGAGAAGCAGAAGAUACAAGUGCAAUGGUGUCUAUAAGCCACGAUGGAGAUUAUGCAACAGCUGUGUGCUUGGGUUCUGAGCCAAGUAAUGAGGAUAAAAGAAAUAAAGACUCGCAGACAUAGCAUACUAUAUAUACAACUUUUAGUACAUUAGUUAUAAGAAUAAUAACUUUAAGAAGA